AGAAAUGCAUAAAAAUGUCGUAAAUACUUUAUUGUGUACGUCUGAAAUUAAACCAAUACUCAAUGGAAUCAUGAAGGAGCUAUUGGCAAUACUUUUCGUAUGCUCACUAUGUAUAACUAUAGAGAGUGCUGAUGGAUUACAUGAUGCAAGAAUAUUUGUCAAUACAUAUCCGAAAAAAGUCAAAACUCCGCUCAAGAAGAGUAUCCAUAUAAUUAACUCAAGGAAAUUUGAGAAGUUAAGCACAUUAAAAAGUCAAGAGGAAAACUAUAAGAAAUUGCUUGUAAACAAAAAGACAUACACUGUUUUCGCACCUAUCACUGUUCAUAAAAUACAUGAUAUACCAGAAAUACAACAGGCUCAUAUAAACCGAAAACGUGUCAAAAAAGUGUUGCCCGAUUAUGGACAUGCUUUAUUCAUACGAAAGAAAAGAUCUGCUGCUGUUCAAGUCAAUAAUACAGGUUUUGUAAACGUUGUAGAAAAGAAAAAAAACCUAAGGCGAAAGAAAAAUAAUAAAAAACGAAUAAAACGUAAAGGUACAAACAAAAAAAAAAGCAGCUCAACUUUAAAAAAAAUUAUAGCACGAAAUAGACCAAAAGCUGCAAAAGUAAAAGUUAAAUUAAACAAAGCAAAAAAAAGAAACAACUCCACAGAACCUCCAAAGAAGAUACGGAAAGUUAGACGUGGUAAUAAAAGACCGUCUAUUAACUUUAAACAUAACAAGAAUCUCAAAAACGAAUCUAAAAAUUCACCAUCUGGUCGAGCAGAUAUACUUUCCAAGAAGCAGGAAGCAAGAAAACAAAAACGGGAAAAACAAGAGGUAACAAAAAAAGUGGAACACGAAAAAAAAGUUAUGAAUAGACGAUUGGUAGCCGGAAGGGAUGCUAUGAUACAAGAUUACCCGUAUGUGGUGUCCAUUCAAAAAGACAAUCAGCACUGGUGCGCGGGUGCAUUGCUUAACCCCCGUCUUGUUAUUACUACAGCCAAUUGUGUUUGGAAAGCAAAGCGAAUAAGUCGUAUGCGAGUUAGAGCCGGUAGCAGGCAUAUGGAUAGAGGUGGUCAGCUCGUCAAGAUCCAGGAGGUGGUGAAACAUCCUAGUUGGAGUAUCCGCACUCUACCAGAUAACGAUGUUGCUUUGUUGCUGCUGAAUAAGAAUAUCCAAUUUUCAGAUACAGUUCACGCUAUAGAUCUUCCCAAUCGUGCUAUGUGGCCUGCGUUCGAAGAUGUUUGGGUUACCAGUUGGGGAGCUGAAAGGCGCGACGGGAUAUUCCAACCAAUGGGUGUGACGCUGCAAGUAUACCACGCGAUGCUAUUGGACCAUGAGAAGUGCAACAACGUCACAAUGCGCUUCGGUGUGGCUGUGUCACGCAACUUUAUUUGCAUCGCGCAGACUGGGAGAAGAGCUCCGUGCACUCGUGACACAGGCGCCCCAGCGGUGAGCGACGGAAUAUUAUGGGGCGUUGCCUCGUGGGGUAUUCGGAAACUAUGUGGCACUGAACGCUAUCCAGCAAUGUUCUCAUAUUUAGCAUCGAGUUCAAAUCUAGACUUCAUCACCAAUGCUACUCAUUACCUGAUGUCUGACCAACGGUUUUAUCCAUACGGCGAUCGUUUUGUCCUCCGCCAGACAGUGACCACCUCAACGGCUGCUUCUAGCAACUUAUUUUAGUCGAUUUAAUAUAGGUGACAUGUAAAAAGAGCACAUGCAAAUUAUAUCUAAGAAUUAAAACAAACAUGUAUUGUAUAUGAGCAUA